UGCUUUCAUAUCUAUGAAUUAGUUUGGUAUGUAAAGUCGUAUACAAGAAAUGGUGUUUGAAACUAAAACGAUUUUACUGUUCCUCAUGGUGUCGUCUGAAAAUUUUUCGCUAUUAAAUAAUUAAUUGACGAGUGCAUAUAUUUACCUAUCAUUUGUAUAUUGUGGCUUAUAUUUUGACCACCGGAUAUUUCAUGGUCGAGGCACCACGAUUAUGGAGUUCUUACAAGAUUGAUCUAUAUAGCGAGCUUCGAAAGGGUUUAAACUAUAAACAGGACCUUUAUGCCUUCUACGACUUAAGUCAUAAACAUUUUUAGCAAUGAAUGCAACGUUCCAUUCAUAUAGAGACAUACUAGCGGCACAUCAUCAAGACUCAUCUAGUCCCGAGAACUUCGCCCCCAUAGUAAUUGAUUAUCGGAACUCGAAUCACACUAAGGACAUUGUCGAAACCAACUCGAAUAUAUCUUCGUCUCAGCUAUCGUUCAUGGACGAAUCUUCAAACGAUUUCAAUAAUCAACAGCUAAUUCACUCUAACUCCCUCAUUAAAGUGUGUGGUGGUUGUGGCGAUAAAAUAAGUGAUAGAUAUCUUUUAUACGCUCUAGACAGAUACUGGCACAAUGGUUGCCUUAAAUGUCACUGUUGCGGCGCUAUGCUAGCAGAAGUGGGCUCCAGCUGUUUUACAAGGCGAGGCCUGAUUCUUUGCAAAAAGGAUUAUUCCAGUAUGUUUGGCUGCUCUGGAGUUUGUUCUGGUUGUGGCGAAACUAUUCCUCCGAGCGAACUAGUAGCGAAAGCCCUAACUGGCAUAAAUAAUAUUGAUUUACAAAAUCAACAAAAACAAAUAAUUAAUUGCGUAUUUCAUCUAAGGUGCUUUAGUUGUGCUAAGUGUGGAUCAAGUCUGCGCCCAGGCGACAGGUAUACUAUGUUAGGAGCAAGCUUGGUGUGUGAGCAGGAUUGGCACAAGUUACUUAAGGGCCCCGCUAACUCGAAUGGAACGCUCGGACAAAGGAAAGGCAAGGUGGGAAGGCCGAGAAGAUCAAAGGACUAAUCAAAUUUAAAUGUCACAUAAAAUAUAUACAUAUAU